GUCAAAGCAAAGCUACCUCUUCUCUCCAUCCUCUUGAUCCUUCCUUUCCCUGUGAAAUCCUCUCUUUUCUACCCUUUGUCCCUCCCGUCUUUCAGAUAGACGUCUCCUUAAUUGUCAGCCUUUUCAGAUCUUGACAGACCCCAACCUCCUUCCUUCCUACUCGCCAACAUGGUCGGUCACGGUCUUACGGGGAUGCUCGGGGAAGAUGGCAUUCACGUCGAUAUGAAUCAUUUGAAGAGCGGUGAGGUCAACCUAGGAACAUCAAUCAUGGCAAUCAACUUCAAAGAUGGCGUCAUACUGGGUGCCGACAGUCGAACGACGACCGGAGCAUACAUUGCCAAUCGAGUCACCGACAAAUUGACACAGGUUCAUGAUACGAUCUGGUGCUGUCGAUCCGGAUCGGCAGCGGAUACACAGGCUGUGGCGGAUAUCGUCUCGUACCACCUCAACAUGUAUUCCAUCGUCAACAACGAGGCCCCUAGUACUCAGGUUGCCGCAUCGCUGUUCCAGGAGCUGUGCUACGAAAACAAGGAUAUGCUAAGUGCCGGAAUCAUCAUUGCGGGCUACGAUCCCCGACACGGCGGCCAAGUUUAUUCGAUACCUCUCGGGGGCUCCCUGCACAAGCAGUCCUACGCCAUUGGCGGAUCUGGUUCAACCUACAUCUAUGGUUACUGUGACGCCAACUGGAGGGAAAACAUGACGGAAGAAGACGGCGUCAAUUUCGUACGGAGCGCACUACAAGAGGCAAUCAAAUGGGACGGCAGCUCGGGCGGAGUGAUUAGGAUGGUUGUGUUGACCAAACGGGGAGCGCAGCGACACCUGUAUCUGCCGGACAACGGUUACACUGGACCUGGCGCCGCUAGAUGAGUGGUGUCGAUGAAAGGGAUGAUGAUUUGUUUUUAUCGAAAGCUAGCUGUCAAUGGAAUGCCUCUUUCUUUUUCUUCAGUUCUCCAGUCCCUUGCUUGGAGAGGUUUCUCGAAGGCUGUGGGGGAAUUUCCCAGGCCGGAUAGAAGGUGAUGAUAUAGAUCAGCGGCAUCCAUAGAAAAGUGAGCCAUCAUGCAAGGAUCUCGGGAGUCUUGAGGACGAGUAAUAUUCCACAUCUCCUGUUUCUUUUUCUUUUUCUUUUUCUUUUUUUUUUUUUAUAUAUAUAUACUUGACAAGUGGGUUGAG